AUGAAUUCACCUGUUGAUAGUGGUCGUGGUGGGAAGAGACUGGUUGCUGGCAGACCUAUAUUACAACACCAGAAAAGACUGAAAAGUGAACAAUUAACUGCAGCAUCACAUGCACGAUGGAGUGCAUACGAAGCUCGUCAACAUCUACUAGGAUUACGUUUUGAAUUAUUGAAUUCAAAAAGAAGAUCAUAUGGUCUUGAAGAAAAUAAACUUGCAUUAUUAUUUCUACUUGAUUUAAUGCUUAUUAAUCAUUUUUUUGAACAUAGAGAAGUCAUUGAUAUUGAUAGUGCUAAUCGUGAUCGUGGUUCACCUUCAUAUGUACACACAUUUCAUCAUCUCUCUUCUGAGUAUAUCUCAUCAAUUGGUGUGUUUAUUAUAACUGCACAACAAGAAGGUGUUGGUAGUACAAUAAUAUCUGUUGCACAACAUCUAAAAUCAACGUUUAAUAUUGAUAUAUAUCGCAGUACAUUAAUUUAUACAUUACAUCGUUUAGGGUACCAAUUUGGUCAUGGUCAUGUUAUUAGUGGUAAUUUAUUACAAGAUAAAAGACCACGUAUAAGACAAUUUAUUAUUGAUUAUGCUAAUGUAUUAAAAGCUGAAGAACAUGGUAGUAGUAUUAUUGUUCAUAUGAAUGAAUCUUAUGUUAAUGCAAGAUAUGCAUUAAAUGGUACUUGGUAUGAUGCAAGUCAAUCUAUUGGUAAUAAAUUGAUACGAGGAACCGGAAAAGAAGCUCGGUUCAUUAUUAUACAUGCUAUGACUAAAUAUGGUUUAUUACAUCAUACCCAUGAAAAAGGUGAUACUAGUGUUGAACAAACAGCUGAAAUGAUAUGGAGAGCUGAUAAAGCAAAUGUAGAAAGAGAAAGAAAAGUAUUCAUGGACAGUAGUACGUACAAUAAACGUGGUGGUAGUAAAGCACCUAUAUCACUUGAACUACAAACUGUAUUAGCAAAUCAUUUACAAAAUAUUGGUUAUUGA